UAGCUUGUCAAGCCUGUUACUUUAGCAUAGUUUUGCUAAAUGUUUGUAUUACAGGACUUUGUCAUUGUUGAACGAUGACCAGCCAACACUAUACACAAGCGAUUAAUUCCAGCCAACUACCUUUUCAUCCUUUCUCCACAAAAGAAUUCCAUGAAAUAAGAAAUAUAAUAUACUAUAAGAUACUAACUUUACAGAAACGUAAACUGAGCUGUAUUUUACUGUGUUUUUCUUGUUGAGUUCUCAACUCACUUUGAAGCAGAACACAAAUCAGUGACGCACAACUGAUGAUAACGUUCAGAUACCUCAGUGAAUGCUCAACUACAGGUUUGGUGAAUCGUAGUUCUCUCAAAGCUCAACAUUUAAGAGUCUGUUUGUGAACACUACAUGUAUCAUGGAAGGGACAAACAGUGCCAAAAGAGAUUGGUAUUCCCUCCCAUCCUUACAGCCUCAAAAACAAACCAAGUAUAUAUUCUAACAAAGGGCACCUAGGGUACCUAGAGCUAGCUGGAUUAACUACAACAUUUCAAAGGCCAACCACCUUGGAUAGGUAACAUUUUGCAAUGCCAACUACAUACAAUCCAAGUUGAUUUUUUAAAAUGGAAAAUGCAAGUAUUACAACUUUUCAUCUCACAAACCUGAAUAUAGAAAUGUCACAACUACUUCUAGAAGAAAAACGAAAAUCGGCAUAAGUGGACUCUUUUAGCAGACAUGAAAAGGUCACCAAAAUGGGUUCCACAGUUAGCACAGCAAUGGACGAAAACCUAAAGAAAAACCAAGCUUUCAUGAAGGAAACGCAGCAACUACAGCUAGGAAGACAGAUGCAGAUGCAGACACAAAUGCAGCGAAGACAGAUGUCCAUGAUGCUUGCAGGCUCAAGAGAGAUGUUUAUGUGGUUGGCAUCGUUCUAUGGCAUUGCUACUGUUGGAAUGUUUGCAGGGUAUAUGAAGACCAAGAAUCCUGCUGUCAUUGCGCCAUUCCUUCCAUUGUCAUUCAUUGUWGGAUAUCAAGCAGAUUACGCAUAUGGCAACAAGAUUGACAGAAUAAGAGAUGAAGCAGAGCGGAUCAUGAGAGAAGAACCAAGAUUAUUGUCUCUACCCUAUGGCUUGCCAACCUUUCAAGAUAUUGAAGAGGGUAGAAAAGCAGCUGAAAACAAAGCCACAAAAUAAUUUCAAACAUUWUAUUUUCAUAAUAUCAAGUUACUAAAAGUUACUAUAUAUACAUGUACCCUUUUGGUCAAAACUACAAAAUGCAUAUGCUCAAAUAAGGAGAUGAAUAGCUAUGGUCUGUUUUCUCUGACUCAUAAGCACACAUUGAGAAAAAUUGGCUUAUGUUGUCAUACAUCCAAGGACAAAUUCUUUUUUGUACUUGUACGUGAAAACGCGUUUGCGGCUAAAUCGACGGCGCACGMUUUGAAAAUUGGCGGGAAAAAUGCGUGCGCGUUUACAAAUUAAACCAUAAUUUUGAAGUUCAUUGAGAAGAUUUUUUUUCUAUCUUUAAAAGAUAUCUACAACUUUGACUACAAUAAUUGUACAUUAUGCAAAAUGACGUCGGAAAGCCCAAAAUAAAAUUAAAAAAAUGGAGAACUUA